AGGUGGAGGCGGCGGGAGCCGGAGCCGGGCGGGAGGGAGGCGAAGGGACGGCGCUGCCAUCCGGGACCGCAGCUGGGUUGGCUGACGCGCUCUGUAGAGACGCAGGCUGCAGCCCGCAGGAGCCUGAAGCCGUGUUUCUGGCCCGUUCGAUCUCCCUGUGCCGGGCCACCCAGCCCACCUGGAGCCCGGGAAUUGGGGCACGUUCCCGGAGCGGAUCCAGCCUCGACCCGAGGGUUAAGACAGGAACGAAGCGUGCACAGCCUGGCAGCUGGGGUCGCUGAGGGCUUUAACACACCCUAGUUGGUUCUCCGUCCUUCUUAGCCGUGCCCCGUUUUGGCUUGGUUUGUGCUGCGCUGUCCGAUGGGUUUACUCGUGUUUGUAUUUUCUUGUGAUCGAGCUGAAACCUCUUGGUUGUGAAGAGGAAGUGGGGAAGAGAACGGGCUUUAAGGGACGAUGGAGUGCCAGGAUGAGCUGCACUGAGGCCGUGGUUUCCCAGGCCAGCAUGAACGAAAAAAUGAGUUUCACCCACCCUGCUGCUCCUUUUCACCCAUGUCAGCACAAGCAUUUGGAUGCAGAAUUAGAUUGGGAAGUUAAGACAAAUUUUUUAAAAAUCCAGCUCAGCUCCCAAACGUUUUCGCUGGCACAAAAAGGCAGAUGAGGCUGCUUCUUUUCUGUAAAAAUGACUUCCAGUGGACUAAGUGUAGGCAAAAGUAUAGUUCCUUUGCCAGAUGUCAUACCUAUGCUUCUGAAAUGAAAUCACAUGGUUCUCAUGCUUAAGCCAGUUGUAGAUUCAUUUGUUUUUAAAGCUGUUACUGGCACUUUGGAGGGUGACUAGUGGCAUUUUGACUAGUAUUCUAAAGUCAGGAUUUUUGUUCUGCUGGGAAUAUAACGCAACAAUAACUGUUCUUUACAACUUCCCCUUGUACUGAAAGCCUCAUCUGCCUGGGAGACCAUCUCAGGAGCUCUCUCUUCGACACGGUGCCUUCAGAAGAGGCACAGCCCUUCCCCUCCACCAGAGCUUACAUAGACCUUUCCAAAAUGAUUUCCUCAAGUGAAUAUGGGUCUCAUUCCUGGGAGCUCUUGGUAACAGUUGAUCAUCAGCAUGAGGAGAUAAAAAAGGAAUUUUUACUACAGGUCACAGGGGACCUUCACAUUGGAGGAGUGAUGCUGAAAUUAGCAGAACAAAUCAAAAUAGCACAAGAUUGGUCAGACUAUGCUCUUUGGUGGGAGCAAAAAAAAUGUUGGCUUCUGAAAACCCACUGGACACUCGAUAAAUGUGGGGUGCAGGCAGAUGCUAAGCUGAUCUUUACUACUCAACACAAAAUGCUGCGGCUUCGCUUACCAAACAUGAAGACUGUGAGACUGAAGGUCAGCUUCUCUUCUGUGGUAUUCAGAGCUGUCAGUGACAUCUGCAAAAUUCUCAACAUUAGACGGUCGGAAGAACUUUCUUUAUUGAAGCAGUCAGAAGAUGCGCUCAAAAAGAAAAAGAAAAAAGACAAGAACAGCAAAGAACCAGUUACAGAAGAUAUUUUAAAUCUGUGCAACUCUCCAGUGAGUUCUGGGUUAUCAGGAAGCCCAGGUUUAUCUAGUAAAGUCAUUACACCCCUUUAUGAUCCUGGCAGUGGGACACCAGCUUCUUCUACAAUUACUUGGUUCAGCGACAGUCCCUUGACUGAGCAGAACUGCAGCAUCCUCACCUUCAGUCACCCCAGCUACUCUCCAGAAACACUAGCCGAGAUGUACCAGCCUCGGACUUUAGCUGACAAAGCCAAACUCAAUGCGGGCUGGCUAGAUUCAUCUCGAUCACUUAUGGAACAAGGCAUUCUGGAGGAUGAUCAACUUCUUUUACGCUUUAAAUAUUACACUUUCUUUGAUUUGAAUCCAAAAUAUGAUGCCGUGCGAAUAAACCAAAUAUAUGAACAAGCCCGUUGGGCCAUCCUGUUAGAAGAAAUUGACUGCACAGAGGAAGAAAUGCUGAUCUUCGCUGCACUACAGUAUCAUAUAAGCAAGUUAUCGUUAUCAUCAGAGACACAAGAUUUCACCUGUGAAUCAGAAGUAGAUGAAGUAGAAGCUGCACUUUCUAAUCUGGAAGUGACACUGGAAGGCGGAAACACAAGUAACAUUUUGGAGGACAUCACAGACAUCCCGAAACUUGCUGAUAAUCUCAGGCUAGUUAGGCCCAGGAAGCUGUCACUCAAAGCUAUCAAGCCAUAUUGGUUUGUCUUUAAAGACACUUCAAUAUCUUAUUUUAAAAACAAGGAAUCUGCACAGGGAGAACCUAUCGAGAAACUAAACCUAAAAGGAUGUGAAGUUGUACCAGAUGUAAAUGUUGCAGCAAAGAAGUUUGGAAUCAAGUUACUGAUUCCUGUUGCUGAUGGCAUGAAUGAAGUGUAUUUAAGAUGCGAAAAUGAGACUCAAUAUGCUCAGUGGAUGGCUGCUUGUGUUUUAGCCUCAAAAGGCAAAACGAUGGCUGAUAGCUCUUAUCAUCCUGAGGUCCACAAGAUCCUUUCAUUUCUAAAGAUGAAGAACUGGACCAUGUCUCCCCAGGCUGUCUCUGAUCCAGAAAGCGUAGAUAUGAAACCAGAAUGCUUCGUCUCGCUACGUUAUACCAAAAAAUACAAGUCCAAGCAGUUGGCCGCUCGUAUUUUGGAAGCCCACCAGAACGUGUCCCAGAUGACCUUAGUGGAGGCCAAGCUGCGUUUUAUUCAAGCAUGGCAGUCCCUCCCUGAGUUUGGCUUAUCCUACUACAUUGUAAGGUUUAAAGGAAGCAAGAAGGAUGAUGUGCUUGGGGUGUCCUAUAACAGGCUGAUACGAAUAGAUAUAGCCACAGGAGAUCCUAUCACAACAUGGAGGUUCUCCAACAUGAAGCAGUGGAAUGUGAACUGGGAAAUACGCCAGAAGCAACAGGAGUUUGACCACAAGAGGGCGUUACCACAGCAGAGAAUGAAACAAGCAGCCGGACACUCCACCCGCAGCAGGUCACCUCGGCUAGCCGAGACGGUCACUGCGUUCUCACAGUUGCAAUCGAGUUCGAUCAGAACGUAUCUAUCGCUUUCACGUGUCGGAGCGCGGACUGCAAAAUCAUCCACGAGUAUAUCGGGGGCUACAUCUUCCUGUCAACCCGUUCCAAAGAUCAGCACGAAACGCUGGAUGAAGAUCUGUUCCAUAAAUUAACUGGGGGUCAGGAAUGAGGUGACGUACGCUCUCUUCCCGCUGCCCCACAGCUAAGGCCAAAGAUUAAACAAAAAUUUCUGAUUGUUAAUUGCUAACUGAUAAAUCUUCUACGUGUCAAUCCAUCUUGUAAUAUGACUGGACAGGUUUUGUUAAAUACUGAAGCCAAGGUCACUGGAUGCAGUAUGGCAACUCCAUCAUCAACACUAUGAAAAUUAAAUCUUCUAUCUUUUCUUUUUGUACAGCUAAAUUUUUUUAAAUAAACAGUGUCUAGCCACUGGGCAUUUUUGAAUCUAGUAUUUUUAAUUGCAGCAAUCUGUUUAAGCAUCCAGAACAAGUAACCUAAGGAUACUGUACAGCACAUUUUCUUCUCUGUUACAGCUGUGCAACUCCCACCUUUAAAUUAGCUGUUGUUAAAGAGGCCAGCAUAUAACAGAACUGAAGUUGAAUAAAUACAUAUUUUAAAGCUAUAUUACUUGUUUAACACUUGCACUGGGAACAGAAAACAUUCCAUCCGUGCUUCAAAGUCCUGCAGACUGAGCUAUCACAACACAAGUAGUGAUUACACAGUUGUUAAAAAAUGUAGCACACCUGUGUCUACCUUAAUCCACUUAACUGUUCCCUUAAAGCCAGAGGAGCUAACAGACACCUAAAAUAAAGCAUUGCACAUUGGCAAAACUGGAAUGAAAAUGCUGAUCUUGUAAGGAACUUUGUUAAUUUCCAGGUUAAAAAAAUGCUUUAUGUACUAAAUAAAAUUAUUUGCUGAUUAGAGUGUA